AAAAUAACCCGGACAUCUUUUUUUUCAUUGAUUUUUAAUAAACACAUACACACUUAAACAUCAUAAAAGCAAAUCACAUAACAGAAAGUCAAAAGAAACAAGCAUGGUGAAGCUUUCUGGGUAACAGAUCGGAGUCCGAUAUGGGGAAUCCCUCCCAGAUCAUUUCCCUCACUGCCUCCCAAAAAAAACUCCUCUGUUGAAAGAAAAUACCUAAACAGAAACGGACACCACAAAAUAAGCCUCCUUUUAGCCACUGUCAACCUCCAAAGAAAAUGUUUUCUUCCCUUCAACCAGCCUUUCUCCCCCUCGGACUCUUCUUUCUUCCGUCUCUCUUUUUUUUUUCAGUGACAAGAAAAUGAGAACCCAGAGAAGAACCAGAACCCAGAAGAGAAAAAAAAACAAAAAAACAAACUCGAAAAUCAACCCCCCUUUCUCCGGAAUCAACCAAAGAACCCCCCAAAAUCAACUCCAAAUUCCAACCAAAGCAAACUCCAAAACUCCACCAACCACAGAACCCCCAAAAAUCAAACUCCAACUCCUAAAUCAAUCAAAAGACCCCCCCCCCUUUUUCAAUCUGAUUUUUUGUAAGAAAUCCUCCUAAUUAUCUUUGUGAUUAUCAUUGCUUUCCUACUAUUGCCUCUUUACAUGGGCCUCAAUCCUAUCAAGAGGCCUUUUCUAACCCUCUUUGGUAGUAAGCUAUGCAAGAUGAAUUACAAGCUCUUGAGAAAACUCGUACGUGGGAUUUAGUUGAUCUUCCCACUGGAAAGCCUUUAGUAGGUUGUAAAUGGGUGUACAAGAUCAAAACUCAGUCUGAUGGUUUCAUGGAGCGUUACAAGGCUCAUUUAGUUGCUAAAGGAUUUACUCAGGUAUAUAGGAUUGAUUAUGAAGAAACCUUUGCACCUGUUGCUCGUCCUACUUUAGUUUGUAGUUUGAUUUCUAUUGCUAUUGCAAAAGGAUGGAAAUUGUUUCAGAUGAAUGUGAAAAAUGCCUUUCUAAAUGGUGAUCUUGCAGAGGAAGGUUACAUGAAACCACCUCCUAAAAUUGAGCAUCCUCCAAACAGAGUUUGCCAAUUGAAGUGAGCUUUUUAUGGUUUGAAGCAAGCACCUUAAGCUUGGUUUGCCAAGUUUAGUACGACUAUCAGUGAAUUUGGUUUUACUUCUAGUCCUCAUGAUAUGGCGCUGUUCAUACACAAGACUAAUAAUGGUAUGAUUCUACU